GAAAAGAAAGAUAUUGACCAAUAAAAAAAGUCAAAAGUGAAUUUGGAUCCAACCAAAACCUUAACGUAUACAAGACUCAGUCUAGCCCACGCUCACUUUAAAUCCAUACGAUCUAAACCCUUCUCUCCUCAUUUCAUUUCAGCAAAUCAAAUAAUAAUAUAUCAUCAUGUCGAGAUCACCGAUCUGGCUCACGUUAGCAGCAACCCUAGCUCUCGUCUUCUUCCUCUCGCCGGCCGCCGCCGACGUCGUCGUUUUGACGGAAGAUAACUUCGAGAAGGAAGUCGGUCAAGAUCGCGGCGCUCUCGUCGAGUUCUACGCGCCUUGGUGUGGGCACUGUAAAAAGCUUGCCCCUGAAUAUGAAAAACUCGGCGCAAGCUUCAAAAAAUCCAAAUCUGUUUUGAUCGGAAAGGUGGACUGUGACGAGCAUAAGAGUAUUUGUACUAAAUAUGGUGUUUCUGGUUACCCUACCAUCCAGUGGUUUCCUAAGGGAUCUUUGGAACCCAAAAAGUAUGAAGGCGCCCGUACAGCUGAAGCACUUGUUGAGUUUGUAAAUCUUGAAGGAGGGACCAAUGUAAAGAUAGCUACAGUUCCUUCAAGUGUGGUGGUGCUAAAUUCUGACAACUUUGAUGAAGUUGUAUUGGAUGGCAAAAAGGAUGUCUUGGUUGAGUUCUAUGCACCAUGGUGUGGACAUUGCAAGAGCCUCGCUCCUACUUACGAAAGUCUUGCAGCUGCAUUCAAAAAUGAGGAAGAUGUAGUUAUCGCCAACCUUGAUGCCGACAAUUAUAAGGAUAUUGGAGAGAAGUAUGGCGUGAGCGGUUUCCCAACCAUAAAGUUCUUCCCAAAGAAUAACAAAGAUGGUGAAGACUAUGAAGGCGGACGUGAUAUUGAUAGUUUCGUGACUUUUAUUAAUGAAAAGUGUGGUACUAGUCGUGACGCAAAGGGGCAACUCACUUCCAACGCUGGUUUAGUCAAAGAAUUGGAUACCUUAGUGAAGGAGUUUGUAACCGCUGGUGAUGACGAAAAGAAAGCAUUAUAUGCUAAGAUUGAGGAGGAGGCCGGAAAGCUAACGGGCUCUGCUGCUAGAUACGGCAAGAUUUAUGUGAAGGCCGCCAAGAGUAGUCUGAGCAAAGGCGGCGAUUACGCAAAGAAUGAGAUCCAACGUCUAGAACGUAUGCUCGCUAAGUCGAUUAGCCCUGUGAAGGCUGAUGAGUUCACCCUCAAGAAGAACAUUUUGUCUGCUUUUGCAUGAUGACCGACCGACGCGAAUCAGUGUUUACUACGAGUUCACAGAGAUUUUAGUCUUUUUUUUAUUUGGCUUUCGGAACAUGGUAACUGUAGGGGGAGACAUGACCAUUCUGUAGUACCACCAGCAAUGUUAGAAUUUAAACUUUUUCUAUAGACCUUACAGAGACCAUACACUUGGGUGCUAUUUCAUGACUGUUAUUGUAUUUUGCAUUUUUAAUUUUAAUCGCAUAAUAUGGUA